UCACCCUUUGGCGCUCUUCAGCGCCCUCUUGGCCGCUGCCAACUCCUGCAACACAAACACCCACAUGCCAUUCAUUCACACCAUACCAAAUCGUUCCAGCCAGCCAGCCUCUGUCUGGGCGUGUGCAUGGCUGUCCCACUAUCCCACGUCUUUGAGUUCUUCCUUGGUCUCGCUCUCGUCGAAUGGUGAGGUCUCGAGUUCCUGCUGCUGCUUCUGGAUGGCCUCGACCAGCAUCUCUGCCAGCUCCCGCUCGUUCUUCUUCAUCAUGUUGUUGUAACACGGGCAGCCCUCACGCGGACGCACGUCGAUGAACCGACCACUCGGGUCGCGGAAACAACCUGCCAGUGGCCACACAGAACACAACACACACCACACACCACACACACGGGCGGAUGGUGUACGGUGCAUGGUGUUGUGGGCGGUGUGUGGGGUGGGCGGGGCGCCCCGGUUGGUACCUCACUCACUCCACUCACCUCUGUAGUGUGAGAUUUCGUAGACUUUGGUGUAUCCCUCCUCGUCGCAGUCCUCUGUGUCCUCCCACUCGUCGAUCUCCACGCGGCGCAGCUUCUGCUUCCGCAGCUCGCCGUCGUAGUCAAAAUCCUCGGGCGGCCACUCGGCCAUCACAUACCACCACCUGCACCGCACACACACACACACGCAUAGAUAUGGUGUGCUGUGCGCUGUGUGGGGCGUGUGGUCCGAUGUGGUUGACCGACCUGCACAGCACUUUGGAGACGAGACCCUGUUUGUCGUUUCGUGUUUGGUGGUUGAUGAUGAACACGUCGCUGUCGUCCAGCUUGCGCUUCUUGUUCCCACCGUUCCCGCCGCCACCCUUGGCCGCCGCCGCAGCAGCAGCAGGCUUCUUGUCCUUCUUCUUGUCCUUGUCCUUGUCCUUGUCCUUGCCUGCCGCCGCUGCCGUCUUGCCGCCCGCCUCCUUCUUGGGUUUGGCCUUGGGCUGCUUCUUCGGCUUGGGCGCCUCCAUCUCUUCGUCAUCCUCCUCCUCCUCGUCGCUCUCCUCCUCGUCGCUGUCGUCAUCGCUGCUGUCGUCGCUGCUGCUGUCGUCACUCGAGUCGUCGCUCGAGUCGUCGCUGUCAUCAUCGCUGCCGGACUCAUUAUCUUCCUCCUCGUCGCCCUUCUUGUCCUUCUUGGCAGCAGGCUUCUUGUUGUUCUUGGGAGGACCGCCCCCCUUGGCGCCGGCUGGUGCCUCCUUCUCCUUCAGCCUGUCGUCCUUGCCUGCUGCCGCUGCUGCGGCAGGCUUGGGAGGCUUCUUCUUGACGUCGCUGUCGGCUGUGGAGGCCACGGCCUGGUCGGCGGCGGUGCCGUUCAUGGUGGAAUGGGCAAGUGGUGAUACAGAUCUUUCAAGACACAGCGAGG